ACGAUUGGAUUUUUAGCUGACACAAAUAUUCAUUUUUCAGGAUUUUACGAGCGAAAUUUUUAAUUCGUGUUAAGUUUUAGUGUUAAACGUAAAUUUUUGGUAUUUCUUGUACUACUACAGUCAGUAUUAUACUAGUCAGUAUAAUAAAACUUCAAUUCAAUUCAAUUCAAUAAAUAAGUAGAUUUUUUCUAUUACGAAAUCCAGAUGGAUCUGAAGAAAUGGGAAUGCCCCACGUGCUCGAAAACCUUCAAAAACAAGCAUCACUUCAAUAGACACGUGAUCACACACGAUCCCUAUGCGAAGGUGAAAUGCGAGAUUUGCGGGAAAAUUUCGAAAAACCCGGUCGUCUUGGCGAGCCACAUGAAAACUGUUCACGGCUCCCAAACCCGUCCCACUUGCGAACUUUGUCAUAAGACGUUUUGCAAUUCCUACUCUUUACGGGGGCACAUGGACUCCAUGCACGCAUCGGUGGAACGACCCCGUUUCCCAUGCACGUUUCCCGCCUGUGAGAAAACCUACGCAAACCAGAGCAAUCUUUCCCAACAUGUGAGUACUGAACAUGCCGAAAACCCGGUCCGAUUUCGGUGCGCACUUUGCGGGAUAGAAACUAAAUGCCGGUCAAAUCUUGAGCGUCACAUUUUAACCCAUACGACCGAGAAGACGCAUACUUGUGCCACUUGCGGGAGGCGUUUCCCACAAAUGGGGGGUUUGAGGAUGCACGAGAUGACACAUUUGGAUAAGUCGACACGAGAAAGUUUUAGGUGCCCGCUUUGUCCGCAGACUUUCCAUACCGGUUUAAUUUUACGCGGGCAUAUCCGCCAUGUUCAUGAAAAUCAGAGAAAUUAUGCCUGCACAUUUUGUGACAAGAGUUUCUCGACAUCAAAUAAAUUGAACCGCCACGUGAAUGGGGUGCACCCCGCGAACAAGGAGAAAAUUCAUUCCUGCGACAAAUGCGAGUAUAGGAGUAACUCAAAGGAAUAUUUAGCUUGCCACCAACGACGGCAUGAUGCCAAGAAGCAUGAAUGUUACUUUUGUGGAGAGAAAUUCGUCACCUUUUCAGACUUGGUCAUCCACUGCGGUCGCAGGCACACCUUGGAAAUAAAAUAAUUUGUGUAACUAUUGUUUUUCAUCUGGUAAAUAAAUAUGCUGUUCGAUUAAGACAAGAAUUAGAUUUCAUGUCGUACACUGUAAAAAAAGUUGAGUGAAAUUGCCACCAAGACAACAAUUGAGUAAAAUUUACCUCGCUAAAGUUAAAAUUUACGCAAGGUUGAGCAACAAUCUGCCAAAGUUGGAUAAAUUUUAACUUUUGUUCUCGUGACAAUUUCACUCAAAAUUGAGUAUAUUUUACUCAAUAUUUUUUAGAGUGUAUUGACCCCGUCAGAAUGACCCGCGUUAUAUUAACCCAAGCGAUAGAUUGACCCCAGGCAUGGUUUUUUGAAAUCGGUUGGAAAUGUCGUGUUGGCAACAUGGUUUGUACAAAUUUAUGAGGUGUGAAUAUUAUAUGAGACACUAAAUAUCUGCUACUUAUUGUACUUACACGCUAAUAUUUAAAUUUAUUUCAUGCUCAAGUAAAGGUACAUAAAAUUUUUCAAUAAAAGAUUGAA